UCUCUUCUCUGCCCUUUAUGGGAAUAAAAGUUUUUUUUGUAUUUCUUUAUUUAUUUCUGUUCAGAUUUGAUGAUCUGUAAGAAUCUCUCUUUUAUUGGGAUUGCAAUUAUCAAAAGUCCAAAACUUUAGCCAAACAUACACAAAAAUUGCUCCUUUAUUUUUUGCAUAAUCAAAGAUCAGAACUUCUUCACAAUCCUCCUUCAUUCUCUCUGCUUUCGCCAUGGACACUCUCAUUGCUCAGUUACAGAGACAAUUUCGUGAUUACACCAUUUCUCUCUAUCAUCAGGGGUUUCUGGAUGAUCAAUUCACUGAAUUGAAAAAGCUGCAAGAUGAAUGUAGUCCUGAUUUUGUGGCUGAGGUUGUUACUCUUUUCUUUGAAGAUUGUGAGAAGCUUAUCAGUAACAUGGCUAGAGCUUUAGAUCAGACAGGAAAUGUUGAUUUUAAGCUGGUAGGUUCUAGUGUUCAUCAACUCAAAGGUAGUAGCUCAAGUGUUGGUGCCAAGAGAGUCAAAGGUCUUUGUGUUACCCUCAAGGAGUGUUGCGACUCUCAGAACUUCGAAGGGUGUGUGAGAUGUUUGCAGCAGGUGGAUAUCGAAUACAAGACACUGAAGGCAAAGCUUCAAGAUCUGUUCAAUCUUGAGCAACAGAUUGUCCAAGCUGGUGGUAGAAUCCCUCAAGUGGAUAUAUAAAAAACUAGACUGGUCGAGAACAGAACAAGCAAAGAUGACAAUGAUGAUCCGUUUGCAGUCUUCUUCAAGCACUAAUACUCGGAUUUGUUGUUUUAGAAGAAAGACUCUUUUAGAAUGUGUGGUAAAGAGAGAGGUGAUUGUUGUUCAUAGAUCAGUACUAUGUAUCUUUUGAUAUCAUCUAUUUUGACUCUUGAAUCUUGAUGGUGAUCUUAUUCUCAA